AUGACGGCGCAAUUCGACCGGCGGCGUGUGAACGGCCCGGAAGACACAUUCCUUCCUCUGUACAAUGUAGAGACGCGCGAGGGAAGCACGACAGAUGCGCCUGUGUGGGCGCUCGAUGAGCAGCGCUUGCUCGUCGACCCCGAGUCGUCGUCGGCGGACCAGCUGGAGUUGACGACCAUGGUCCUUGGUGACGACAAGCUCCCGGUGCCGCGUAUUGCGCGUCGCGAAUUUUCCAAGCGCACCGAAAACCGCGGCAUCUUGGAUCCCCGGCCGAUGUUCGUGCAAAUUGGCCUUGUGCCCAACGCCAGCGGCAGCGCGCUGCUCGAAUCGGGGCGGACCAAGCUGGCCUGCGCUGUACAUGGACCCCGCCAAGUGCGUGGACGGCAGUAUGCCGGCCAGGCCGAACUGAACGUCAACUUUAAUAUGGCGCCGUUUUGCGACGUGCAGCGCUUCAAGCCGGGCAAGGACGUCGAGUCGCACAGCUCUGCGGCGCUCGUCGAACAGGCGCUACUUCCUGCGAUUCGCCUGGAUUUACUCCCAAAGGCCUCUAUCGAUGUGUACAUAACGGUCCUCGACAUGGACACGUCGACCGCAGGGUGCGUUGCGCUUGCCGUGACGGCCGCGAGCGCUGCCCUGGCCGAGGCCGGCAUUGAGAUGUACGGCCUGGUCGCAGGUGCUACGGCGUCUGCUAUCCCUUCUCUGCCGUUCAAAGGCGAGGUCCAGCAGCAAUGGCUCGUGGAUCCGUCGCAGGAAGAGGCGGCGCAUGCGAGUGCCCAUCUUAUUGUGUGCACGAUGCCUGCUCUGGGCCGCACGACGUGCUAUUCCCUGCAAGGCCCUGCGCACGACUUUGGAAAGGUGCAAGAGGUCUCCAAUGCGCUCGUCGAAGCGACCAGCAAGCUGCACAGCAUCACGGCGCAGGCGCUGUAUAAACUCUCGUAG